AUGGCUGACGCGGCUGAAGUAGAGGCGUUUGAACAGACAGAUCUAGCCAAGUCUAAACCCGUGGACAAUUCACUUUCACGGAAAUUGAAAGAUGUGGCAGCAGGAUUUGUCGGGGGUGCGACCCAGGUACUUAUAGGCCAACCGGCCGAUUUGGUCAAGAUCAGGCUUCAAACGACGUCGGCAUCGUCGUCGCUUCAAGUCAUAAAAAACGUUGUUAAAAACGAGGGCCUUUUUGCGUUUUAUAAAGGAACUUUGCCGCCGCUUUUUGGUGUGGGAGUUUGUGUGUCGUUGCAAUUUUACGGUUUCCACGAAACAAAGAGACAGAUUUUGCAGUAUACGGGCCAAGACAAACUCAAUCUUUGGCCGCAGACUUACAUCGCGGGUGCAAUGGCCGGUGUCGUCAACUCGCCAGUCACGUCUCCAGUGGAGCAGUUGAGGAUAUUGAGUCAAUCGCUGGGGAAACUGAUUUCAAUGUCGGCUACCAUUAAGCAAAUCUACUCCACGCAGGGCCUAAGAGGAAUCUACCGAGGAUUCGACAUUACGGUCUUGAGAGAAUUCCAGGCCUAUGGUGUGUGGUUCUUGACUUACGAGACGUUGAUCAAACAAAUUAUCGAUCUCCAGCAUUACAAGAGCAGAGACCAAAUAAGCACCCCUGAAUUGUUGGCCAGUGGAGCCUUGGCUGGCAAUGCUCUUUGGUUGAGCUCGUAUCCAUUAGAUGUCAUCAAAUCAAAUGUACAAAGCGAUGGAUGGGGUGCAAAUAGUAAAUUCAAUGGCAGUUCGAUCAAAGCAGCAAAAUACAUCUUCAAUAACCAUGGAUUGCUUGGUUUCUGGCGAGGAAUCGUUCCUUGUUUACUCAGGGCAGUUCCUUGUAGUGCAGGCACUUUCGCCAGUGUUGAACUAGCACUUCGAUUAAUGGGUUGA